CGGGCUCAUUGUCCGCCAGGCGGGCGCGGCGGGGCCGCGGCGAGAAGACCCGGGGUGGGUGGUGGGGGCCGCGGCGGAGCCAUGGAGGAUGAAAUGCCCAAGACCCUAUACGUGGGGAACUUGUCAAGAGAUGUGACAGAAGCCCUAAUCCUCCAGCUGUUCAGUCAGAUUGGACCGUGCAAAAACUGCAAAAUGAUCAUGGAUACGGCUGGAAAUGAUCCAUACUGUUUUGUGGAAUUUUAUGAGCAUCGACAUGCAGCUUCAGCACUAGCAGCUAUGAAUGGACGGAAGAUAAUGGGUAAGGAGGUCAAAGUGAACUGGGCAACAACCCCCAGCAGCCAGAAGAAAGAUACCAGCAGUAGUACCGUUGUCAACACACAGCGUUCACAAGACCAUUUCCAUGUCUUUGUUGGAGACCUCAGUCCAGAAAUUACAACUGAAGAUAUAAAAGCAGCUUUUGCGCCAUUUGGGAGAAUAUCAGAUGCACGAGUGGUGAAAGAUAUGGCAACAGGAAAAUCCAAAGGAUAUGGCUUUGUUUCUUUCUUCAAUAAAUGGGAUGCAGAAAAUGCUAUUCAGCAGAUGGGUGGACAGUGGCUUGGUGGAAGACAAAUCAGAACCAACUGGGCAACACGAAAACCUCCAGCUCCAAAGAGUACAUAUGAGUCCAACACCAAACAGCUGUCUUAUGAUGAUGUUGUAAAUCAGUCCAGCCCAAGCAACUGCACUGUAUAUUGUGGCGGUGUCACAUCAGGACUAACAGAACAGCUGAUGCGCCAGACCUUUUCUCCAUUUGGGCAGAUAAUGGAAAUUCGAGUCUUCCCAGAUAAAGGGUACUCAUUUGUACGGUUCAAUUCUCAUGAAAGUGCUGCACAUGCAAUUGUUUCUGUUAAUGGGACUACUAUAGAAGGGCAUGUCGUGAAGUGCUACUGGGGCAAGGAAACUCCAGAUAUGAUCAAUCCAAUCCAGCAGAAUCAAAUUGGAUAUCCACCUGCUUACGGGCAGUGGGGCCAGUGGUAUGGAAAUGCACAACAAAUCGGUCAGUACAUGCCUAAUGGCUGGCAAGUCCCUGCAUAUGGAAUGUAUGGACAGGCCUGGAAUCAGCAGGGAUUUAACCAGCCGCAGUCUUCUGCAGCAUGGAUGGGUGCAAAUUAUGGAGUUCAACCACCUCAAGGGCAGAAUGGAAGUGUGCUAACUAAUCAAACUGGAUAUCGUAUGGCAGGUUUUGAAACGCAGUGAGAGAGCAAAGGACUCUGGAACCGAACACCAGUGGCUUGAGGCUGCAAGGAGUGUCCUAAAGCCUUUGUUUACUUAAAGAUUUAUCAGAUCAAGUCAGUGCAAAUGUCAGAUACAGUGUAUUUAUUUUAAAAAAUAAUUUUGAAUCAUGAAACUGUCAUCCACAUUGUUUAAAAAAAACACAGGAAAAACUAGAUGCUGGAUGUCUGCCAACUUUUGCCUUCUUUUCCUCCUUUGAUAUGUGUUUCUUAAGAUCCUUGUUUGAAACACAACAAAUGCAGGGAUUACUGCCACUUUUAAAUUGGGGCAGAAAAUUGCACAAUGUCAAGCUUGUUUUCCUCUGAAGUGAAGUAGCGUGCAGUUUUAGUUUGCAUUCCUAAUGAUUUAAAAUGUAUUAUAAGCAGUUGUACAAAAAAGCCAAAACUGUGUGGAGCCUGAAGGUUCUUUGCCAUCUUCAGCCUUUGCACAAACUUGUUUUAAAAAUAGCCUAUUGUAAAAAGUGUCCAUCACUCCACUUUUGUUAUACCAAGGUUUUCAGAUAUAAAUUAUUAGUUUACAUUGUUUUUGUAUCUAGACAUUUUUCAAACAGUUGUCUUUGCCUUAUGACAGUUACUUAAAUUAUCAUUAAAUGGGAAAAUGUGAUGAUUGGUAUAGAAUUUUGUGCAAAACACUCAGAUGGUUCUAACUAUAUCACAUUUGUGUUCUACGUGAGAAGGUGCCUAGAGAAAUCCCUGUUGGGUUUGUUCUAAAGGAUUUUUAUCUUCAGUGAAACUUUGUGAUGUGUACUGGGAAAUGCAAAAUCCUGUUAUGAAUAUUACUAAAAUGUGACAAAUUCCUAUGAACCAGCUUGUUUUUUAUCUGUCAAUUUCUACAUUUACAUGUAUUUGAUUAUCAUGUAAAAUAUUUUAGCAAAUUAAUAUUUUGCACAAAAGUUAGCAAACUUUGUAUGUUUCCUUAUUUAAAGGUAGGAUGCAGAGUCCUUGGACAUGAUUUAUGCAUAAGAUUUAAAAAAUUUGUUUUUGCAUGUGAAUAUCAAAUAUACAUUUUGGUAGUCUUUGAAUACAAAGUCACCUGCCCUUGUUUUUAAGAAACUGUAAAAGAUGCGGUUGUAUGUAGAAAACAAUUCAGUCUUGCUGUUUACUGUUAGUAAAUUUUACUCAACUAGAGUAAGUUGACUUGAUUUUUAACAUGUACAAUUAGAGCUGUGAAAACUGUAGCAUUGUAUGUGUAGGCAUCAGGCAUGGGGUAUACGGAGUGCUCCUAGACAGCCUGAAGGACCAGCUGAGUGAAGUAUUUUUAAUUGUUCAGAGGCCAAAAAGAACCUUUCUAUCCUACCUCUUGACCAGCCUUCAAAAAAGCAAAAAAUUUCUCAUGGUGUGAUCUGUUAUUUAUUAUCCCAAUUCACUUUUGGCUUCCAGAGUUCUGUUGUUGUUCUUGUUGGGUUUUUGGUUUUCUUUUCUUUUUUAAUUCUCUCAUGGCGCUUUAAUUGCAGAGGGGCAGCUCCAAGCAUCAAGGGAUUCAACUUUUGCUAUAUUGUCAGGCAACAAUGUAUUUCAGGGUCUUCUAUAAAUGUAAUACUGCUGAGGAGGGUUGGGCUGGGCGGGGACAGGAGACCAUGUACUGCCUUCCAUUCCUCUUCCUCUUCUCCCCUUCCAAAAAAGGGGGUAGGGAUGAUUUUGUAAGGCUACCAGUACUGGAGGGCUGUUUGAAAAUUGUGACUUGUUUUAUUAGCGAAUGGAAGGGGGAGAUGGAGGAGAAGGCAAGCAGGCAGGCAUGGAGCAAAUACACUGGCCUGUACCUUCUUGUAGAAAACACCCUGUAAUGUGUGACGGGCUGGAAAUGUGUAGAUCUUGGAAGAACUAUUCUAUGCAGCUGUUCUUAAAACUUGGCUUUAAAGAUAGGUAAAUACAAAUGAAUUCUUUCUACAUGGAAACAGUUUUUUUCUUUUUUGCCUCCUUGUAACUUGCACACAGGGCAUGUAACAAACGCAGCUUAGAAAUGAUGCAUUCUUUCAAAAUAAAGUAUAUCAAAACGCUU